AUGCAUCCGUCCUUCCUGACCUCCGGCAUUAUCGAUCUGCUCGAGGUCGACCAGCGCCCGUCCUUCAUCGUCGCUCUAACCCCGCACCCGCCCACCAUCGUUUACACGAAUCCCGCCCUCGAUGCCGAUGCCCGCCUCCAGGACGCCAUCACCACCCGCAAGCCCAACAAUGUCCAGCUGUGGGAAUGGCUUACAGACCUGCCCGGUGCCCAGGCAGCCGCCAACUUCUUCUUCAUGAACAUUUACUGGACCCGUACCAUCGUCCGCCCUGACAUGGUCGUUGUGGGCGCAAACGACCAACCGCCCUCCUCUGAACCACCGCGAAAUAUUCGGGUCGACGAGGCCUCGCCUGUCGGAAGCAUUGUCCCUCCCCCGGUGCGCCUGAUUCCCGUUGAAGAUGAUGCGCCCGAGUCUAUCCAGACAACUGCUGCUACCACGGCUAGUACCACCACCAUUGCGGCUACCCCUGCAGUACCAUCUUCAACAUCCUCGCUGAGCCUGGCACCUCCCGACUACAUGUUACUUAGCCGGACAAGAUCUGGACCGCCAACUCUUCCUUUGGGCUCGGUCGAGUACCCACUGGCUUCCCCAGAGAUGAUCCAAUCUCUCAAGCGUUCGACUACGGACCCGGGUUGGAUUCUACCAGAUAUUUUGCCAGAAACACGGUCAUUCCUCGAAGUAAUACACAGUGUCGAUUGGGCCGCAACACCACUGGGUCCCAUGAAAGACUGGCCCCCAACUUUGGAGCAGACCUUCCACCAAAUACUCGCUGACAGUCGCCCCAUUGCCAUCUACUGGGGCACCAACUACGUGACCCUCUACAACGAGGCAUUCAGCAAGCUAUGCGGUUCGAAACACCCAUCACUACUCGGAGUGACUGUGGAGAACGCGUGGCAGGGAGCCGGCGAACAGCUGAAGGAUGCCAUGUCGCGUAUAGCACGGAAAGAAGACCCGACGAUCGAGGAUGAGUGGAGGUUCUUUAUCGAAAGGGAACCCGAGGUAGAAGGAGGUCCUCCUUGGCUCGAAGAGACAUACUUGAAAUGGUCGCUCGUCCCUAUCCUCGAAAAGGAACGGUGCGUAGGAUUCAUACAUCCGGUCGGGGACACAACUAGUGUGCGACUAUGGGAGCGUCGCAUGCAGAUGCUCGUUGACCUUGGUGAGGACUUGGUUGCCGCACGCGAUGUCAAGGGUUACUGGGACAAGACACUCCAGGAACUUUCCGACGUCGAUCCUUGUUACGAUAUACCGCUUGCUAUUCUGUAUAGCGUGGAGGCCUUUGAAGAAGGAAGCGCUAUGAAAAUUGGCAGCGAUGGUCCUGCAAAGCAAUGCAGACUGGCCGGAGCUUUGGGGGUGCCAGAAGGCCAUCCGAUUGCUCAAACCGCGAUCAACCUAAGCACAAACGAGCAUGCUCUAGCACCAGCGCUUAGGGAGGCCGUAACAGCACACCAGCCACUUCUUCUUCAGAUCAAGGACGGCACGCUUCCGCAGGAGUAUCUCCGUGGUCUGCAGACGAGAGGUUUCAAAGAUGAUCCGUGCCGGGCUGUCGUGAUCAUGCCAAUUCGGCCGACAAAGAAGGAAGACGCAAUGGGGCUACUUCUGCUGGGUCUAAACCCGAGACGCCCUUACGACAACGACUAUCGUCAGUACAUACUACUCUUGAGUCAAAAACUUACGACUUCUCUGGCCUCCGUGGUCCUUCUUGAGGAGGAAGCACGGAGAGGACGCAAUGCGGCAGAGCAGGCUGCUUAUGAUCAAGCCAUGCUCAAAGAAAAGCUGGCUGUCCAAACAAAGGAAGCGAACGAGUCGAUAAAGAUGUUUGAAGCUCUUGUUGAAUUCGUUCCGGUCGGCAUGUGCUUCGGUGAUCCUCAAGGGAACAUAACCUUUGCGAACGACGCGUGGUACAAGAUGACAGGCUUCCCAGGAAACGGCCCCAUGGGAACCAGUGCCUUCCUUGCCUGUGUCAAAGAAGAGGACCGCCAAAACAUUGUCACCGCAUACGAGAAACUGCAGACGGAGCAUCACGUUGAAUUCGAAUUCAGGGUAAAGCCACAGAACCACACGGACGUCGCUCCAUCUCUAACCCGCAACUCUCCGAGCUUCGAGAAAGCAGGUCUGGAUCUUGUCCCUAUCGAUCAGUCUGAGGAGCGCCAUAUCUUUGCCACCACUAAAGCAGAACGCGCCCCGGAUGGAAGCAUCAUACGGACCAUGACAUGCUUGACGGACGUUACGGCACACAAGCAUGCCGCAGAAGAGGCGGUUCGACGAGCACAGCAGGCUGAGAACCUCAAAAGGAUGGCCGAAUUCGCAACAGUUGGCAUGUACGAUAUGGACCUUGAGGGACGCCUUCUAGGCGCCAACAAUGUUUUCUACGAAAUGUGCGGGUUGCAGAAGGUCGACCCAACUGAGGUGACUAUUAGGCCAUUAGAGACCUGCGUCUGGGCAGAGGAUGUGGGCUUGGUGAUGAAGAAGCUCAAGAAGAUGGUCAUCGAGGAUAAAGUCCAGAAUGUGGAAGCCAGACUCCGGACAACGUGGACUGCCGAUGACGGAGCGGGCCACAAAGUGGUUAUGCCGCGAUGGGUACAAGCGACGCUGAUGCCUGUGCGAUCCACCGAGGGUGUCAUACAAAGCUUCACUGGUUGUCUGAGUGACGUUUCGUUACAAAAGUGGCAGUUGGAUAGGGAGAAGCAACGGAAGGAGGAGGCGAUCGAGUCCAAGCGCCAGCAGGAGAACUUUAUCGACAUGACUUCCCAUGAGAUGCGCAACCCCUUGAGUGCUAUCAUCCAUUGCGCAGAUGCCAUCACCGCCACGCUCUCACGCGUUCAGGAACUUGUCGGUGGCGACCAUCAUGGGAGCGACAGCGAUGCGCGGAGCUAUGCGAGCGAAGGUGCUACAGAUAACCAGCCCAAUCACGAGCUUCGUGCAGAGGUCUGUGAGCUUUUGGAUAACGGCAUCGACAGUGCAGAGACUAUUGUUGGGUGUGCUCAACAUCAGAAGCGCAUCGUUGAUGAUAUUCUCACAAUGUCAAAGCUCGACUCCAAGCUGUUGACUAUUACACCCAUCACCGUGAACCCGAUUCAGAUGGUCAAGGAAGCGCUCAAGAUGUUCGAAGUCGAGGCUCGGAGAGUCGAUAUCAACCUAAGCAUGGUUGUCGACCAGUCAUAUUACGAUCUUGGCGUCAAAUACCUGGACUUCGAUCCGUCACGUCUAAAACAGGUUCUCAUCAAUCUACUGACUAACGCUCUCAAGUUCACCAAGACUGGUCCAACCCGCAACGUCACCGUCGGGCUUAGUGCGAGCUUGACACGUCCAACCGAGGCCACCAGUUCGGUGCAGUUCAUCCCGAGGUCCCAGGAGAGUUACGCCGAGGAUAGCGACACAGCAAGCGUCCAUGACCGAGGAGAACCCAUGUUCCUCACCUUUGAGGUCAAAGAUACAGGCCAGGGUCUGACUGAAGAGGAGAAGAAGAGUCUCUUCCAGCGCUUCGUCCAGGCGUCCAGUCGUACCCAUAUCAAGUAUGGAGGCUCGGGUCUUGGGUUGUUCAUCAGCCGUCGGCUCACGGAACUGCAGAAUGGCGCCAUUGGAGUGGCCAGUCAACCGGGUGUUGGUAGCACCUUUGCUUUUUACAUCGAAGCCUACCACCCCAGUGAGAGCUCUCUCCGUGAUGCUGAGGCGACUGCGGUGGCAGCAAAGGCUGCCAUGUCAGACUUGAUGGCCAAGGCUCCAAAUCUUCGCUCCAUGCGCCCCAGUCAUCCUCAUAGAGGUUCGACAUCGUCGCCGCGGCCAAGCCCAAUAGCAUCCAGUCCUGUAGCUGAGCUUGGCGGGUUGACAAUACCACCACCCCAGAUUCGCGGCAUCAUGGUCGUUGAGGACAACCUGAUCAAUCAGCAGAUCACACGACGUGGUCUCGCCAACAUGGGAUUCACCGUCGAUGUAGCAAACCACGGCCUGGAAUGUCUUGAUAAACUGCAGCGGACCGACCGGUAUGUGAGCGAUGGGGUUUCUGGCACUGCGCUGCCCAUGAACGGCAGCAUCAAUAACAAAGGCGCCAUUCCCGCUAUGAAUGGGACCAUUAACCCACCGCCGCCGGUCAAUGGUGGUUUCCUGAACCAAAGCCAAGCACCACCAGCAACAACGACAACAACGACACCAGCCACCAAGUUCCCCCUGUCAGUCAUCCUCAUGGACAUCGAAAUGCCCGUCCAGGAUGGGCUCACGUGCACGCGCAACAUUCGCGAGCUGGAGCGCCAGGGCAAGAUCACGGGCGGGAGGUUACCAAUCAUAGCCGUCAGCGCCAACGCCCGCAUAGAACAGAUCCUCGAGGCCAAGGCGGCCGGAUGCGACGACGUGCUGAUCAAGCCGUAUCGGAUGCCGGAACUUCUGGAGAAGAUGAGGAUCGUCAUGGGGACGGUUGCUAAUGCUAAUGCUGGUGCUGCUGCUGCUGCUGGUGUUGGUCCUGGUGCUGGUCAGACAGGUUUAGCUUCAAACCCGGCUGCUUCAGGGUCAGGUUCGCCAGGCGGAUUCGGCGGGCUCGGCGAGUCUGUUGUUCAAGGACAAAUACAGACGCAAACGCAAGCACAGACAGGAGGUCAGAGCCAAAGCCAGCGGCAGCAAGGAAGCGAGGAGCGUGAAAGUCAGGAUAAGCAGGCAGCUGGGCAGUCACAGGCACAAGCACAUACGCAGACGCAGACGCAGAAUCAGGCACUGUUGCCAGAUGGCAACCCGGUAGAAACCCAACGGCCCUCCCCCUCCCCAAAGCAGACGACACAAACCAAGGUGGAGUUGGUACCGAUGCAGCCGAGUCCGUGA